AUGUGCCACUUUCAGGUCUCCUCACACUGCUGGUGUGUUACAUUUUUUGUCAUAGGGUGCUGGCAGAUUACGGGCCUCCCAUAGCUGCUGCCAGGCCCCUAAUCUGCCAUGGGCCCCUAUAUACCGCCUCCUCAUGCUGCUGCCAGGUCCAGAGUCUCUCAUGGGUCCCUGUACGGCCUCCCAUUGCUGCUGUCUCCAUCGCCACACUCUGCCAUGUGCCACUUUCAGGUCUCCUCACACUCCUGCUGGUUUCCAUUUUGUCAUAGGUUGCUGUAUGGCCUCCCAUUGCUGCUGCCUCCACCGCCACACUGUGGCUCCAAACACUGGUUUUGGCCCCGUGACUGGCCAAAUGAGUGAAGUGUGCGGUGAUUCUAAGAUCGACGGCACUCAUCUGCAUGUCAUACUG